CUCGUCUGCGUGCGUUGUAUCUGGAUCAUCCGAGCGAUUUCCGUAGUGUCAAAGCUGGUAGAGCGGUGCUGGAUGACGCCUCACAGAAGCACAGUUAGCGCUGAUGCGACGCACAGCAGCAGCGAUCAGAUCCUCAUCCACGCCAUCCGUAUUGGAGAUGCGCAUCCUAGCUAAUCACGGGGGCGAUCAUCGUUUCUCCUUUUUGAGAAGGGGAGAAGAAAAAAGGUGGGGAGUGGAGUGGGAGAGGCUGUUGCGUGGAGAGAACGUGCAGCUUCCUGCAUCCACUCCGCAAGCAUCGCUACUCUCUGGGUAUGACAGCGAGAGCGGUAGCGAUGCUGGGCGUACCGAUGAAGGUCAUGAAGUGCAAUUGACAGCAAAUCGUGCCGUCGAGCGCAAAGCUGAUGCACAUUCAGGCAGCGGGAAACAGGCGUCCAUACCCGCACAAGCAAGCGAGAUGUCACAGGAGCCGCAAGAGGAACCCAAGCAGGAAGCCGAGCCAGCAGACGCGGCCCAGAGUUCUGCAACGUCCGGACGAGAGAUCCUUCGCGCCGAAAGAUCAGGGACGCAGAAAGCUUCAAGGCUGGCAAAGGCAAGAGCGUGGGCGCUGCAACAUCGGGCACAGACGGAAAGUGCAAAGGAAUCUGUGGGCAACGACGCCCCAGCAGAAAAGGCGCAACUAGCCGAGAUAGGGGACGGUGUCAACGAUUGAUGCUUGAGUUGGGAAAGCGGUGAUCUACAAGUGUGGAUAAUGGUCCACUCGGGCCGAGGAGCAAUACAAGCUUCCGAGCAACACGAGCUUCCAUCACUGGCAGCCAUGUCUACC